AUGGACGAUGAAGGACUGAGCUGCACCUCGGCGGACGACUACGACUGCGACGGUUCGUUUUUUCUUUUUCUCGUGUUCUCACUAAUAAUAACUAUCGAGUUGAACUCUCAGGGGUUGAUUUCGUGUUUUGUCUCUUCGAAAAUAACGCUCAAAAUGCGUUAAGAGCUUCCUUUUUAAAACUUUUUUUUUAAGUUUAUGUUUUUAGUUAAUCGUGUAACAUCAGAAUCGAGAAAAAUAGCGUUUAUACAUAGCCGUCUUUCUGGUUUUGAAGGUUUUAAUUCAAUUUCUUUCACUUUCGACUGAAACUUGAUCACUCUAUAGAUGACUCCGUCGAAAUUCGAAUUAAUUACGGACACACAGUCAAAUAAGAAAUAUUUUUCUCUGAAAAAUAUCGAAUUUUGUUUCGUUGAACUGUCCGAGUUUUUCCAUGACAGUAGAUACUCAGAUGACUACUACAACGACUGCGACGAGGACGCCACCAACGACGGCCCCGCCACUAGUAACAGCUCCGAAGACGCCGAUUUCGAAUGUCUGGACCCUUUAGAAGUUGGUCGAAUCUUCAUUUUUCCGCAUCAGCUCUUUUUCUGUGUUUGAAGGUUGAGCGAGUUCUCAACGAAAGUGUCUUGGAUCUGGUCGACAGAACUUCUUUCGCCCCUUCCACAGCUCGAAUGCUGCUCCACAACAAUUCAUGGGAUGUUGACAAGGUUUGUUAAAUUUUCUCCUUCAGUCGGAAAAGUUGCGAAAUUGAAUAGCGAACAUAAGUUUAUGUAAAUAAUCGAUAUUUUGGCUUGUUAUUUCGAACUGAAUUUACUGAAGAAAUAUUGUGAUUUUAUUCAAAUUUUGGUCGGAGGCACUCCAAAAUUUAGCCGUUUUUUGAAUUUUGCUUCCCGGGAAAAAGGCCGGAUCCAACCGACGAAUGGUUCAAAAAAAUUUUUUCGAACUUCGUAUUUUUUUGCAUAUUAGUUGAUGGAAAAAGCCAUCAAAGCUUUUUUUUUUCUUAUCGAAGACCGAAAUUUUUAAUUAUUAUGUUUUCAGAACCAUUAUGUAGUUCACAAAUAUCAAAAAGUUUCUGGAUAUUUUAAUGGGAAGGGCUCCUUUGUUGCUUUAAUUUUUGUCGGUUGAUAUGUUUUUUAUGGAAUAUAUAUCUUUCGUACGGUUCGGUUGUUUUCAUGCGAUUUUCUUGCGAAGUUAGAGGGAAUGUUGAGGUGGCGACGGCGUGUCGCAAGAACAAGUCGGAGUUGUUCCGACAGUGCCACAUGGAGAGCAAAGAUGGACGGACGAAGAAGUCCAAGAACUACUGCGCAGUUUGCGCCACCGAAAACGCUUCGCCCAUGUACCACGUCAACUGCCACCACUACUUCUGCGGCCAAUGUUGGCGGUAUCACGUCGAAUCGAGGUUCUGCCUACUUUCUUCCAGAAAAACGUUUUAGUCUAACCGAAAUCAUGAUUUUUGUCUUCACUACCGUCGAAAAGUAUACCAUAAAAUAUUUACUCACAACUUUCUUGUAUAGAGCUCAAUCUUCCUACGCUCUUUUUUCUGCGAACUGAAGUUUUACCCUGAGGUUAAAAAUAGCAUACAACUCCAGAAAGUUUCAGGAAGAUUGAAUUGCAUGCAAGAAAGUUGGGAUCAAAAAAACUUUUAUCUCAUAUUUCCUGACAGACCUGUAGAUCAGUGAAAUAAAAAUAACAACAUCAAGUUUAUUGAGCGUUCGAAAUCCUGGCAUUUUUGCUUUCUAAAAUUUCUUCAUGAGAGAAAACAAGAAAUCCUUCACGAAAAUUUUUCUUUGUUUUGCCUGAGCUGGUAGUAAUAUGACGGCCACUAGUUGUAAUCAAUGUCGUGGCAGAAAAUUUAGAAAUGAAUAUUCCAGCUUAUAACUCUGUUUAUUAUUGUCUCAGGCUCCACGAAGGACUCGCUUCGCGCAUAGAAUGUAUGGAGCCGGACUGCGGCGUCUACAGUACGCCGGAGUUCGUCCUGGACAUAAUCGAGAAGCCGUCUCUCAGAUCAAAGUGAUUCGGUCUUUGCGAACCGAAUUUGUUUCUGUUGCAGGUAUCAGCGAUUCAUGUUUCGCGACUACGUGUCUUCUCAUCCUCAGCUCAACUUUUGUGUUGGAAAAGAUUGUCAGGUUCGUUUCACGCAAAAAUAGCGUUGGUUGUAAUUACAAGUUACCUGAAACAAGUUCACUCAAAAAAAAAACCAAAGAAACGCAUUUUUUUUUCUCAGUUUUUUUCGUAGAUUUUUUUGAUAGGAUUCUUCAGUAGUAUAAUAAUUGGUGAGAACUUUGUGUUAAUUAAACACAUCGGAUUGUAAAGAUUUCCAGAGAGAAUAUGAGUCACGUUCUUCAAAUUAUUCAAUUAGUUUUUACAUGGCUGUGAAAUUUUUAACUCUUUUUUUCAAUUUUUUUGUUUUUUUAAGCUCAAAAGACUCAAAAAAAUUUUUUUAGAAACUACUCGUAAGAAAAAAAUUUUUUUCUCUAAGUAAAUAUUUUUCGCAUUCCUGUUCGGGAAUUAAAAUAAUGAAACAAAAAGGAGCCUUCAUGAAAAGUGGACAGAUUUUUUCAACGUAUGCUUUUCUAACAAAUUUGUGAAACUUUCAGGAAGAACUAUAGUCUUUUCAUUUUUGAAGGUCAAUUACUCCGCCCCUACUGGCACAGUCUCUUUUCGUGUAGAUUUUUUAUCGCGCCGGAUGAUUUUUGAUAUUUUAUCUUCUAAAAGAUAGAAAAAGAAGUCAAAAUAAAAUAUUGUUGUUUUGGGGCGGAGUUGCUACUUGACAUUCAACAUCUGAACGGACUGUAUCGAAAAAAAACGGCACGAUUCGGAGUCAUUUCAAGGAAAUUAUUUUCAGAUUGUCAUUCGGUCAAGAGAAACCAAACCGAAACGGGUUACUUGUACGCGUUGCCAUACUACAUUUUGGUAAGGGAUAGGAUUAUCUUGAAAAAAUAACUCGGCAAGAAGUAAAAGUUAGAAUUUUCUCGAAAAAAAAGGUCAAAAAAGGAAAGAAAAGAGGUAAGAGAGCUUGUGAACGAGGUUUCAAAUAUUCUAGAGCACGCUUUUUUCGGCUCAUUUAAAAAAUAUGAGGGUUUCAGAGCAACUGUGGUCAAUAUGAAUUUUGAUUCGUUUUUUCUCGAAAAGAAAAUUCUUAACCUCGGUAUGAUUUUUUCUUUCAAGAAUGACUUUUCAGCGUAAAAUGCGGCGUCGAUUACCACGCCCCGACGUCUUGCGAUACCAUUCGGCUGUGGCUGAUAAAGUGUGCUGACGACAGCGAAACCGCGAAUUACAUUAGGUUCCCAUUAUGUUUUUUUUUUUGACACAAAUCAUGAAACGGCCAGAAAAAUUACGUCACUUGGUUUCGCUACUACAUUGAGAACUUUGAGAAUUUUCGGAAAAUCGCUGAAAAGUUUAACAAAACAUUGAACCUCACCCAUUCGACCAUACAUAUCAAUCUAAAUGCGAAAAAAAAAUCCAGAGGAAAUUUUUAAACCACUCAAAAUAAAGCAAUGGCGUGAAAUAAAAUGGAUGAAUGGAAAAACUUCUACAACGCUUGUUUAGUAUUGAAUUCAAAACAGAAAGCGGAGAUUUCCCAAAAAAAAAAAUCAAGAGUUAAGAAAUAUAGGCGGUAGUUUUCAAACGAAGUUUUUGCGGGGGUUAUUAUAUAAGUGCAUUUAUACAAUUCAGUGAAUAAAUAUAAUGGAGAGUAUUCCAAUAUUAACAAAACGAUACCAUCAUGGAAGCUUCGUGAAUCCAUUCAAAUAAAUUAAUGUUUAGCGCUCACACGAAGGAUUGUCCACAGUGCCACAGCUGCAUUGAGAAGGCUGGAGGGUAUUUUUUUUCUUCUUUUUGAAUUUUCUUUGUUUAUUUGCAGAUGUAAUCACAUUCAAUGUACACGAUGUAGGCAUCAUUUCUGUUGGAUGUGCUUCGGAGGUUUUUUUUUAAUUUUUCAAAGAGGGAGUUAAAAUUUUACAACAUUAUUGACAAAAAGUAACCAUUUGAGAAAGAUUAAUUCUCAGUUUUUAUAAUUCUUGUGUUUUUCUUUUUGAUCUGUGUUUUUUCGAACACGCGUGAUCAAUUAAUAUAUAUUUACUUGACGUGUAACCAGUGAAAAAAUAUAUUAAAUUUCCCGGGAAACGUGUUAAGGUCGAAACAUAAAUCAGAAAAAUCGCUUGAUAAUAAAGCCUUUUAAAAAAAUUUGUAGAUAAAAUUUAUUUUAACAUGUAUUUUUCUUUUCUAAAAAAUCUUUUAUUUUCCUCGAUAUGGAUUUUAUGGGAAUUUUCGAUUUUUUAAAAUUUUUCUCACGAAUGAAGUCUGUGAGAAGCUCUAAGAGCGGUUAUACUUCUGGAGUUUCAGACUGGAAGACGCACGGCAGCGAGUACUACGAGUGCAGCCGGUACAGGGAGAAUCCUUCGGUGGCUGCCGAGGCGAACCACGUCAAAGCGCGUCGAGCCCUCGAAAAGUUCGUUUUGUUCGCAUUCGAAGACUUUUUCCGUUAAAGACCUUUUUGUUCUAUAAAAAGAGCCUCAAUUUCAUUGUUGAACUCUCAAAAUCUAUUCUAUAUUCAUGAUUAUCGACCUUCUUUUUUUAUUCAUUGACUUUCAGGUAUCUGCACUACUUUGAACGUUUCGAGAACCAUUCAAAGUCGUUGAAAAUGGAGGAACAGCUGCGCGAAAAGAUGAGGAAAAAGAUCGAAGAAAAGGUUUUUUUAAUUCUUUUUUUUUUCGUUUAUCUUAAUUAAUUAAUUAAUUUUUUGUUUGCAUAAGAGGUUUAUAUUUGAAAUUUUUUGAAAACAAAAAAUGUGGCUUUCAAACUUAUUCCCGGCUGUCUGAGGCAAAUAUUAAAAUUUUAUGCAAUCGACCUUUCGUUCCAAUUUUCUAUUAUGUUGCGAUGAAAUUAUAAUUUCUCUCUCUUAAUUUGCUCCGUUGGUAAUUUUUUUGAUUCUGCUGUUUAAUGAUGUCAUCAAACAAGAAGACAUUUCGGGUCAUUGCCACUUUUUAAAAUUUUUUUGAUCGUGUUAGAAAAGUCUUUCGCAGGAAGCAAUGCAUGUACGCAGCAAAGUCGAAAAUCGUAGCAAAAAAGGUUUUAGCUUUUAACAAAAAAAAAAUAGUGGACAGAAAGUGGAGGCUAUAUAAUCGUGAACAUCGUUUAUUGAAAAAAAGAAGGGAAAUCACAGUAUUCUCUUUCUGCAAGUACAACUUUAUCGACGAAAAAGUCGCUUGUAAGGUUUUUUUUAUAAAAGAGCUUUUUACGACUUCGGUCUAGUCUUAUUUUUUUCAACAUUUUAAUUUUCUCAUUUAUUUUGUUGAUAAAAUUGCCUUGAUUUUUCUUCUUUUUUGCUGCGACUCCUCCUGUUUGGGAAAAAAAGUAGGAUGAAGCAGCUCAAAAUCACAUUCAUUCUUCCUUAUUUGCACAGUUUACAAUUAGCUUGUUACUCCUAUGGCUUGAAGGUGAAUGAGCACGACGGGACGUGGAUCGACUGGCAGUACCUGCAUUCGGCUGUCUCGCUGCUCACCAAGUGUCGAUACACUCUGCAAUACACCUACCCCUUCGCCUACUACAUGGAGAGUGGACCGCGGAAAACAGCUCGUGAGUUUUCCCUGAUGUUUUCACAGGGAACUUCCUUUUCGAAAUCUGAACGUCUUUCUGUUUCAUUUCUGAAGGCUGUCAACAGUGCUCAAAGUCUUCUUUUUUUUUUAAUUUUGCGAAAAAAGUCAACACAUAUUUUUUUCGCUAGCUACUAGUUUUUCGAAGCGGUAGUUUUUUUUUUUGUAAUUCUUAGAGGCAAAGAAGAUAUGUUGGUUCAAGGGAGGAAUCCUAAUUCCCAAGAAAAAUAAGGCUUUUUUUGGCAAGGAGCUUUUUCUUCCUUCUACACAACUGCUUGUUCAGCUUGAAAUUAUUCAAUUUCAGUUUUUGUUGCUUUUUAAAAAAUAGAACAUGAUAAAAAAGGAAAAGGAUGGAAAUGAAAAAAUUGAUUGUUUUCCAAAAAUGUUUUUAAAUUUCCAACACUCAAAUGAAAGACAUCACUACAGUAUCCAUCCAACCAGCUACAAUUAUUUGAGAGUUUUAUAUUUUACCCCAUCGUCAAACACAGUCGCCCACUCAACGCCACUGAAACUUCGCCUAGCUGAUGUGUUUUCCCUCUCAUUGCAUUUCAACAGUUUCGGAGCGUCGACGACCUCGAUUUCCAAUUGUUCAGAAUUUUCGGCGCCUCCGCGCGGAAAUGUGCCACCGAGGUACAGAUUUUCGCGCGUCCUCGUCGCACGCAAUUUCGUGUGCAUUAUUCGCAUAUGAGACCGGUUUUGCGUUCCUGUGUUCAGCCGGCUUUGGGCGCUCGCUCGCGAAUUUUUUGUCGGUCAACGGUGAUCUCAACAGCGGGGCGGCUGCUGCGCCCAGUGUGUCUCUUUUCGCGUGUUGAUGAUCAUUCAUUAACAAAAAGACGUUUUUUUUCUAAGAAAACAGAAAAAGCUUGAAACCAACAGAAGUUCAAAAAAUGGAGAAAAAAACGGUAGUUUCAAAAUAAUUGUGGGGGAAGAAGGCUCUUUAAACGAAGUGCUUUCAUUUCGUAAUAGCAAGAAAAUUUAUAGUCGAUUCGUUGACUAAAGUCUGAAUUAUUAUUCAUUUCGAGAACUGAGGUUUGAAAAGAAUGUUUUCUAUAAAACUAGAAAACUCUUUGAUAAAUAUUUUAAUAACUCUUUUCGACUUUUCCCCUUUUCGUUCAUUUUCACAGUUUGUUUCUCAGAUACCUGUCUUUGGGAACAUGAAUGGGGUGAUAGAACGAGCCGCCAUACUUUACUGUAAAAUUCGGAAAUGAUGGCUGACAGGCCUUUGAAUUGUGAUAAACCGCGUUUGAUGAGAGGAUAAUUUUCAGUUUUUUUUUUUUUGCAAGUUGUUUAGCGGCGGGAGUUGGUCUUUGUUGCGCCAAACAUCAGUUUAAAGUGCUCAAAAACGGAAAUAUUUCAUAAGGAAGCGGCUUUCUGCUGAUCCCGAAUCUCACGAGGAAAUUUCUAAUUUUUUUAACGCGAGGCCAAUCUCGGUACAACAACAGUUCGCGAGGGAAGAGUUGCCAUGGUUGAGCCAGUCGACGAGGAGAUUAUCCGGCCACCGAGAAGAUUAUUCGUGGCGUUUUUCGAUUCUUAGCGACGCUGAGCCGCAGUGGCGCACCUAUCCCAUCGAGAGAGAGACCGGAUUUCGCCCUAUUUUGGUAGAAACAUCCAUUUUGAUGAUUAGUUUUCUGUAAUGCCAAAGUCCUACCGUAUCCGACGACCUCACGUGCUGACGGAUUUACUUCCUACGCUCUCCGAAAUAGGUCCUUGCUACCUUCGAAAACAGGGUAUUAUCCAAGGUUUAAGGCCACUGACUUAACACAUUACCAAAAUGAGAAUGAUGUUUGCUACUUUUCCUUUCCAUUAAAGAAAUGUGUCAUUCAAAUUAUUGAAACUUAUUUGGUUUUUGAAAUUACACAAAGGGCAGCUAUUAAGGGAUGAGCCUCGAUCAGAAAAUUGAUUGAAGAAAAAAGAAAUCUUUAAAGAGAGCAACUAAUCGGAGUACUGAAAUAUUUCGCGAAAGUCGCUUCUUUCCAAAAAAAAAAGUCGAUUUAUUUCAAAAUGAGUAGAUCCCAUAUUUAUUACCUUUCGUCGGCCUGUUUCAUGUAUAGUUUAUGCGGAAUUUUUAAAUGAGAUUUUCAAAAAAUUUCGAUCAAAUAGCGAGAAAAUUUUUUUACAGUUCGAGUAUCAACAAGCGCAGCUGGAGAAAGAGGUCGAGGAGCUGGCUUGGGCCGUCGAAAGAGCCGACGCUACUGCUCGGGGAGCUCUCGAGGCGCACAUGCAUCGCGCCGAACACAAAAGAGUCACUCUUCUUCACGACUUUUUCUUCUAACUCCAUCCUUGAUAUGGUGA